AAAUACACCAUACACAUGUCUAUGAUUAUAUAUAUAUAUCAUGACUUCAACGCCAAGGACGGAGCUAAAUUGGCUUCUUUCAAGUCAUUGUUGCUCUUCAAAGUGGCGAACCAAGAAGAACACGACUUCUACGCCACCACUUUCACGGCGGCGGCCGCCGAGGAUGACCCGCCGCCGGAAAAUACUGGCGGAUCUGCCGCAGAUAUGUACGGAUUCGAACAAGAUCCGGUGGUCGGAAGGUAUAACCGGUUCGGUACGGAGAUGUCGGCGAUGGUAUCAGCCUUGACACAGGUUGUCUCAGCCCGGGAAACCUCCACCACCACCGCUGCGGUUGCGGUUGACGGCGGCGGCGGCGGCGGAGGUGGUUCUUCAUCUUGUCCUUUGAGUGAUUAUGGUUUGUGGGUUGGACAAAAGAGAGGAAGACAUGAAGAUGAUUCUCCAGCGAUGACGUCAUCUUGUGUCGGAGGAGACUCUUCUGCGGGUGGAAUCGGAGGAAGAGAAUCCAUCACCAUGGCUCCGCCUCCACCGCCAACUUCGACGAAUUUUCCGGCGACAGAUCCACCGGAAUCUUCGGCCUUUCCGUACCAAGAAACAGGGGAUAUCGACACAAGGAGGAGAUACAGAGGAGUGAGGCAGAGACCAUGGGGCAAGUGGGCAGCGGAGAUACGGGACCCACACAAGGCGGCUAGGGUUUGGCUCGGCACUUUUGACCCCGCCGAGUCCGCCGCCAUGGCUUACGACGCGGCGGCUCUCCGUUUCCGUGGUAACAAGGCCAAGCUCAAUUUCCCGGAAAACGUUAGAAUCCUCCCUCCUCCUCUGCCGCCUCAUUCGGCGUCUCCGCCGCAGGCUCCGGUGGACAAAGCUUUGACGGAUUACUGGAGAUAUUCACAGCUGUUGCAGAGCUCCGGCGACUUCUACAAUCUGCAAAUUCCGUUUUUCCGGCGAGGACAAGAACAGGGUAGUUCCGACAUGUUGGAACAGGUUGUUCUUCAAGCAACCAGAUCGCCUUCCUCUUCUUCUUCUUCUUCUUCUACUUCGUCGUCGUCUUCGUCUUUUGCUUCGUAUCCUCUGGUUUUUCCGGCGAGCGACCAAACUCCGCCUCCGUCGGAGAGGAUUUUCCGGGCACCUGAAAAUCAGAAUUCUCAGACGAGUUUUUCGGAUUUAGAUAAACCUUCUAAUACAGAUUCCGGUGAAUAACAGUUUUUUUUUUUUUUUUGUUCAUUUUGAUUCCCUUUUUUUAUUAAUAAAAUAAUAAAAAAUUGUUUUCGGGUUUACAUUCAUUGUAAAUUAUUCAAUUUCUUCAAUAUUUGUAUGCAUUGCAUAUAAAGUCGUUGAUUGUUCUUUCUUUAUUU